GCAAGCUGCGUCGAAAACAACCGUUUUAAUAUUAGAACGCUGCUUCGAAAUUUAAAACACCCGCGCUUCAAUUUACUAGUUGCGACGGUUCGAAUUUGUGAAUCGAAAUUGUUUUUUUAAUCUGUGUUUUAAUUAUGGUGUUUUUUCGAAUGAAUCUUAGCUAGUUUAAGUCAACAACAGCUUUAGAUACAGAUAACAGGUGGUCGUGUUGUGUAGUGUAGUGAUGUGCUAGUGCCACCAAUAUGGAGCCAUCUUUGCCUCUCGAGGAAGACGAGGGCAGGCCUCAGCAAGGGUCCACUGGAAGCGGCUCGUCCUCUGGCACGGGUUACUACGGACACAAAAAUGGCGAAUGGCGCGGUGAGAGAAGAAUGCUGGAUAUCACACGUGACAAACCUGUCAAAGUGUGUGUGCGCGUUGUCGUGCCGGUACGGGAUCACCCAAAAUUCAAUUUCGUGGGGAAGCUGCUGGGUCCCAAAGGGAAUUCUCUGAAAAGGCUGCAAGAAGACACGAUGUGCAAAAUGGCGGUUUUAGGACGAGGUUCUAUGAAAGACCGUCAAAAGGAAGAAGAACUUCGUGUAUCCGGCGAUCCUAAAUUCGCUCAUCUAUCAGAUGAACUACACGUGGAAAUUAGUGCGUUUGCAACACCAGCUGAGGCGCAUGCACGUAUUGCAUAUGCACUUGCUGAAUUGAGGAGGUUCUUAGUUCCGGACUACAACGACGAUAUAAGGCAGGAACAGAUGCUAGAAAUGCAGAUCUUGUCAUCACAGAAUGAACAAAGGCGAUUAACUCCGCCCGACUCGUCUAGGAGCGGGAGUGAAGAGGCUUUGCCUCUGAGGGACAACGGCAACAAACAUAGGUUGAGCACCGCGCCGCCGACGUCCGCACCGCCUAUGCCAGCUGCAAUAGCUGUGAACCACAAUGCAAACGUACGUGACUUUUCACCACCUGGACUUGCAGCUGGAUCUGAGCAUAUGACUGCUCAUCAUCAGCAGCUGGCCCCCAGCCACCCCGGUCACGGCGUGCUGGUCGGGGGCGGUGUGUUACAACAACAGCCGACACACCACUUAAUAACGCAGAAUUCUAUAUUGGGUGCGGGUGGGGCGGGUGGCGUUGCGAGCGGUCGCAAGCGGCCGCUGCUCGGCGCGCGGGCCGCCAUGUCGCCGACUAAGCGCGCUGUCAUGACGCUGUUGGCUCGCGCACGCGCCGCCACGCACAAGCACGCGCCGUGGCCUGCGCCGGAACACACAACCCUACUUCCGCUUAUAAGGGACGACUUUGUGACCGGCGUCGGCGUCAAUAUCAAUCUAGCGUAAUACAAUGUUUCUAGUCAGAUUCUGUUUUAAUAAAAACGCGAACGAUACAAUUGUAAAUAACAUUUAAACCUUAGAUUAAUUUUGAUCAUAUCCUUAAAACGAUGUCGCCUGGAAGUUGAAUAAACCAUAAAAUAAUCUCUAAUAAAACCGGUGCGUUUUAGAAAUAAUUAUUUCCAGGCUAUAUCAAUGUGUACAUUUUAAGACUAAUAUUUAUUUAUAAUCUAAUUUAUGUCAAACUAAGACUGUAAUCACACUGUCCAAUACAAACUGCCGUAUAAUAAGACUUGAGUGAUAUUGCUAACCAAAGAUAAUCCAAAUCAAUUUUCUCAUGACAGAUGACGGUUGACAGCAGUUCAAUGACCUUAGACCAUAAACGAUUAAACUAAGAAUUGAAUUGAAACUUAAAACUGAAUGAAAUUGAAAAAAAAAUAUAUUGCGAACGCUAUUAAAGAGGUUUGUCAAAUUAAAAUAAAUUUAAUUCUUAUAAAUAAUUUAAGUGAAAAACGUUUACGGCUUACUGUAUCGAACAAUGUGAAUACCUUCUUAAUGAGAAUGCCUUUACUCAUAAUUAGAUUAUCGAAUUCUAAAUUUAAACUUGACUUUUUAUGUCACUAAAUAAUAUCCGAAAAUCGUUGUAAUCAAUUGAAUUUAUAUAUGUUUUCCUUGAAUAAAAAUAUUUACUAGCAACACUGUAUAAUUUCGACAAAACUUAUUUAGAUAUAAUAAUAUAUUUAGUAUUUAUACUCUUAUCAAUCUAUCCCAAUCGUGGUCAUUAAAUUAUAUA